AUGGCCCCUAACCUCUGUCAUGUGAUCUCCCGCAUGAUCCUUGUAGGCUCCCGCUCGUUGGCAUUGCACGGCGAUGCUGCGCGCAGAAUGUUGAAGUAUAGCCAAACUCCGCAUCUAACUGGCCGUCUCCUGCAGCAUCGCAUACUCCCGUACCACCAGUGCCGGCGCUUUGCUUUCUCCCGCUUUCCCGAGCCCAAGGCGCCUGGUUCGUUUCGAAGUACGCGUCGCAGGCCGGAGUCGCAUACCCAGGCUCGAGAGCCCCCCCGCGAAGCCCACACGCCGGAAGACGAGUCCCAGCUGUGGCACACCAGUCAGCGGCCGCCUGCAAGCGAUCCCGAGGAGGGACUGCGGAGGCUCCUCGCUGAAAAUGAGACCCUGGUCAUUGAGAGGCAGAUCGAGAUGCUUAACGUCUUUGUGGGGUUUGAGCAGUCGAACAAAUACAGCAUCAGCAAUGAGCGUGGUGUGCCGUUGGGCUAUAUCGCUGAGGAACCAGGGGGGUUCCUCAAGACGUUCUCGAGGCAGCUCUUGGCGACACAUAGACCAUUCCGUGCCCUGGUGAUGGAUCUGGAGGGUUCCCCGAUCUUAUGGGUCAGACGCCCGUUCGCCUGGAUCAACUCGCGGAUGUACGCCCAGCGGCUCAAGAAGUUCCACGAAUACACACCAGACGGUGAGCCCAUUCUGGACACAUUUGCGGAGGUGCAGCAGCGCUGGCAUCCGUGGCGUCGGCGCUACGAUCUCUUCCUCCGACAAAGCCACCGCCGGAUCCUCUCCACCACCUCCGACCCCCAGCCGGAACCGAGCCCCGCCGUGUUCAGCCAGGCAUUCCAAGUCGACGAGGGGUUCCUGGCGUGGAAUUUCAAACUGCUAGACGGGCGUGCCGAACAGGUCGCACACAUACAACGCGCCUUCCGUGGCUUGGGCCGAGAGCUAUUUACUGAUACUGGCCAGUACAUCGUUCGCUUUGGGCCUAGUCCGGAGACGUCAGAAGAAAUAGACGGAACACCACCGAGGCCGACUAUCCUUCGGAAUCUCACUGUCGACGAGCGAGCGCUCAUUUUAGCUCUGGCUAUUAAUAUAGACUGUGAUUACUUUUCGAGGCAUUCUGGAAAUCAUGGUGGUCUCUUUGGCUUUACGCACGUCGGUGGGAGCUGGGAGUAG